AUGAAACGACUUUUUUCAAGGGUCGCCAGGGAAGGAGUCCCUCGAUUUCUCAUCAUCAUAACUGAUGGGAAAUCCCAGGACCCAGUGGCCCAGGCUGCAGAGGAGCUGAGGCAGGAAAACAUUACCAUCUAUGCCAUUGGUGUCAAAUCUGCUAUCACCAAGGAGCUGGUGGAGAUCUCUGGCUCAGAAAAUAGGAUGUUUUUUGUGAAUGAUUUUGGUUCCUUAAAGCAUAUUCAGGAAGAAGUCAUCCGGGACAUCUGCUUCUCAGAGGUAUGUAAGGAUAUGAAAGCAGACAUUCUUUUCUUGGUUGAUGGCUCUGAGAGGGUCCGCUCUAGAGACUUUGAGAAGAUGAAGGAAUUCGUGAGGCAGAUGGUGAACCGGUCGGAUAUCGGCCCUGACAAAGUACACGUUGGGCUCUUGCAGUUCAGUUCAGUCCCCCAGGAGGAGUUCCAACUUGACACUUACUUCUCUAAGAUGGACAUUCUUGGAGCCAUUUCUGAUAUGGUACAAAUGAAAGAAGAUACCCUACUGGGGAGCGCCCUUUCCUUUGCUUCUUUUUACUUUGAUAGGCCAAAGGGAGGAAGACCUAAUGUACCCCAGUAUUUAAUUCUGCUCAUCGAUGGGGAAUCCAAGGAUGCUGUAAAAACACCAGCCAAAGCCCUCAGAGAUCAAGGAAUCAAGAUCUUUGCCAUUGGAGCACAUAAAGCCAACAACUUUCAGCUGCUGGAGGUCACAGGUGCCCAGGACAAGGUGUAUUAUGAGGAAAAUUUCGAUUCCCUCCUUUUCUUGGAAAAGGAGAUAUUUUUUAGGCUCUGCAAUAUAGAGGAGGCUUGCAAAAAGACAGAAGCUGCAGAUAUCCUAUUUGUGGUGCAUGCAUCUAGUAGCACCUCCAACCAAGAGCUCAUGGCCAUUCACAGACUCAUGGAAGCCAUUGUCAAUGACUCACUGGUUGGAAAGAACAAUGUGAGAUUUGGAGCAAUUUCCUAUAGUGAUAAUUCAGAAGUACUUUUUUCACUGAAUACCUACAUUACCAAAGCUCAGAUCAGGGAAGCCAUUUUACACCUGAAACCCAAGGUGGGGAAAGCCCACACAGCCACAGCUUUAAAGUUUGCGAAGGAAAUGUUUGCCGAGAUGCAUGGAGGGCGUCCAUCCAUGGGUAUCACCCAAAUCUUGGUGCUCAUUACCAACAGGCCAACUGAGCCUAAAGAAAGAGCGUACUUACAAGACUCAGCAGAGGCUCUGAAAGAAGUUGAUAUUAAUGUCUUUGCCAUUGGAAUAAAAAGUGUCAAGAGACCAGAACUUCACACUAUCACAAGACAUCUAGAUAGAUCAUUUGUGGUGCAGAGUUAUGACGAACUUUAUGAUUUGCAUGAAAAAGUGACUCAUGUCAUAUGUAAUGAAUCAAAACCAAUUUGUGGCCAUCAGCAAAUAGACCUCGUGUUCCUCAUUGAUGGAUCCUUGAGCAUCCAUCCCCGGAACUUCACUGCUAUGAAAACCUUUAUGAAGCAAAUAGUGAACAGUUUCACCAUUGGCAAGGAUAAGGUGCGCAUUGGGGUUGCUCAGUAUAGCACUGAUCCUAAGAAAGAAUUCUACCUCAAUGCUUUCUACUCUGGUGCCGAAAUCAGUGGACACAUCGACAAGAUUACCCAGCUGAGAAGUAAAACGUAUACUGGCAAAGGACUGAAGUUUGUCAAGAGUUUUUUUGAACCUGCCAAUGGGAGCCGGAAGAACCUCAAUGUGUUACAGAGCCUAGUAGUCAUUACCGAUGGGAUGUCCAAUGAUUCAGUCGUGGAAGCAGCAAGCGACUUGAGAAAUGAAAAAAUCAACAUUUUUGCCAUCGGUAUUGGAGUCAUCAAUCUUUUUGAACUUCAGGACAUUGCUGGCGACGGGAAGAGGGUCUUUGUGGUGGAGGACUUUGGACAACUGGGCUUUAUUGAAAGGAAGGUUGUCAGUGAGCUCUGUGCAUCUAGCGACAUUAUUAAUACUGAAUGCACUGUGGACAUCUCAGUGGGACUCGACACUUCCACUUCGGCCCGUCAGGUGCAGCAGCGGCUGCAGCAUCUGCUGCCGGGCGUGAUGCAAAGGCUGACCGGGCUGGCCAAUGUCAGCUGUGGGGCCCGCUCCCCACUCAAUAUCAGGCUGCGCUACCACGUGCCCACCCCCGAUGGCCGGUCCCAGUUUGACUCGGGGUUUGAGAAGUACAGUGAAGGGAUCAUCCGGAAGUUCUUUGACCAGCACGAGCUGAUGAGCAACUCAAUGAAUAGGGCUUUUGUGCAGUCCCUUGGGGAGAAGGCUCUCAGUUUGACUUCUGCUAGAGUGAAGGUUCUCUUAGUGUUUACAGAUGGAUUGGAUGAUGAUUUGGAAAGACUAAAAGAAACUUCAACGUUCCUUCGUCUCAAAGGUCUUCACGCACUUCUGUUAGUUGGCUUGCAAAGUGGGCAGAAGUUAGAAGAACUUCAGGAUAUUGAAUUUGGCCGAGGAUUUGGUUAUAAACAACCUCUGAGUAUCACAAUACAAGCUCUUCCAAGCCUUUUGCUGAGACAACUUGACACAGUUGUGGAAAGAGAAUGCUGUAAGGUCAAUUGCAAAUUUUUGGGGGAAUCUGGUAUUUCAGGAGAACGAGGGGGCAAUGGAAGGAAGGGAGAGACAGGUCUUAAUGGGAUGCCUGGCUAUCCUGGUGAUGAAGGUGGACCUGGGGAACGAGGCCUUACUGGCUUGCCGGGACCUCGUGGUGAUGGAGGAUGCCCUGGUGUAAGAGGGCUUAAGGGAUCAAGAGGGUUUAUAGGAGAAAAGGGCAACCGGGGUGAUAAUGGAUUGGAUGCGUUUACUGGAGAAGAGGGUGAACCUGGCAGUCCUGGAAUCUCUGGAGAAAAAGGAAAUGCUGGAAUUCAGGGCUUGAGGGGCCCUCCUGGAGCAUCUGGUGACCCCGGAAGUCCUGGUCUGAGAGGAGACCCUGGAGAGCCUGGAACUGAUAGCAAUAUUUGGGGUCCUCAGGGAGAAAAAGGAAAACCAGGUCGCCAGGGAAAACCGGGGCGACAUGCUCAGGGAGGCAUGCCUGGAGACCGAGGUUCUAAUGGCCCAAGAGGUAGAAAGGGUCUUCCUGGAGUGCAGGGUGUGCCUGGAGAAACUGGUAUACAUGGCUACAGUGGAGUUCGUGGACAUCCAGGCUUGGAGGGUCCAAAAGGUGAACAAGGAUUUCCAGGAAUGGCUGGACAACAGGGCUCACCAGGAGAACAGGGGAAGCCUGGGCUGCAAGGCCCUCUUGGUCCUAAAGGAGGUACUGGGCCCAGAGGAGUGAAGGGGAAGCUUGGUUAUGUUGGAGAAGAUGGCAGGAUGGGACCGCAAGGACCAAGAGGGCAGCCUGGUUUGGAUGGCAAUGAUGGAUAUGGCCAUCCAGGAAGAAAAGGAGCUAAGGGUGACCCUGGCUUCCCUGGAUAUCCUGGUCUACAAGGAGAAGAUGGUGAUAAAGGUCAACCAGGAAACCAAGGAUCAAAGGGUUUUCCAGGGAAAAGGGGAAAUUCUGGCUUACCUGGGCUACAUGGAUCACCAGGAGAUCCAGGGCCACCUGGACCAAUGGGCACCAAGGGAUCAAAGGGAUUGACAGACAUGACGCCUUGUGACAUUGUUGACUUUGCACGGAAAAACUGCCGUGAGUAACCCAAUCAUUCCCUGUCCUCUCUGGGAAGAUCUCCUGCUUGAGUGAAGGGGCCCAUCACCCUGGGACAGCCUCAGUCAUGGAGAC